AUAACGCUUUACAUCACUCGGCGGAUAUAUACAGAACAACUAAAAGAUCAUGGAAUAUUGCGGAAUAUUGUGCAUUCGUGCAGAUUUCGUUAUUCAGCGGAUAAAUAUGUUUCUUCUAUGAAUUUUGUUAAUUAGCAAAGUGUGGGUUUUAUUAGGAGAAUUAUUAUGUGUAUCAUAGUAUAUUAAACCAAAUAGAUAUGACGAUAUUGCUACGUAAGAUUGAAUAGAAAUGUAAAAAGGGUAUGAUAGUGGAUUGAACUAUCAGGUUCUGUUUUACUCCCAGUAAAAUAAUGUAGCACAGCAAAGUUUUUAUAGCAACAUAGAAUCGAGUAGAUUGGCGUAGUAUCGAACUUAGUAAGUUUGUGUUAUUUUUGUUGUUGUUUCAUUCAGCGUUCAGUGUUCUUCUUCUUUGCUAGAGAUAAAUCAAAUGCAAGCUUAUAUAAAGUGUGUAUUUCUUGACAGUCUUAAUCAGGAGUACGAAAAAUGUGUAGAUGACGAUCCAAUAAAAAUCAUGACCUACAGGUCAAGCCAUGAAAUUCAGGGAAGAUUUCGAUUUUUUGACAACGAAGAACAUUUGCGUGGUGAUUGGAAGCAACAUGCGCGUGCAAAUAUUCGCCAAAAGACAUUCUUGGAGGGAAUUUUAUUAAAGUCUUUGGAUCAUGAACACCCAUUCCCAUAUGUGGACUACGCAGUGUUUUGCACGAGCCUGGCAGCUAAUACCUCAAACCAUAACAUUCCUGCCCAACAAAACAGCAAUAAGCCACUCAUGUUCCGUAACUGUAGAAAACUUCCAGUGCCACAGAAUGGACCAGCCAGACUCGCCGGCACCGGAUUUUAUGACGAACUUGAAUAUAUUCUUCGAAACGAAGUGAAACCAUUACCCAGAACUCCCGUGAGCAAGGACAGUGUCUAUUUCCUUUCUGUCUUCCAAACUGAUGGACACAUUGGUCGUCUGGAAGAAACGUGGAAAACAUGGAGCGGUGCCGAUUUCAUAUUAUGGAAAUGUCCGGAAAAGCUGAAACUCAGGCGUGUUACGUUUUUCAAAUCAACAUGUGACAGUGAUAUUUAUACUUUCAUUGUGUUAUGCGAAUGUGAAGAUGGAUUAAGUAUGUGUGAUAUGGCCAGAGCUUUUCUUGAACGCUUGAAGGAUAGGAGAUGCGGCCUGGUUGGGUUAUAUCAGGUUGAACGGUACUAUAUAGCUUCAAAACCACGGACAUAGAUAUUGUGGUAUAUGCAAGCCAAUAUUAGAUCAACACAUUCCAAACCGAGUCUUCAUUCUUCCAGCUUCCAUGUUUUUCGCAGACACUUAAUGUCAGAACGAACCCUCCCCUACCCCAUGUUUAGAUAUAGACUAAGCCUUUUAAAACAUUAUAUGCUCGAAUUCCAAACAAAAGCACAAUGCAUUUUAAUAUAAGCAUAUCUAAUACUUAUCUAAAAAAUUGGCUUAAGUUUGUUUUUGACCUUGGGCUGGCGGUUGGGUAUCGCUCUGCCUACAAAAUGUCUGUGAUAUGUUGUUUUUUCCACUGUGAUCCAUCCCAAAUCAAGAGUAUUAAAUAUUGUAAAUACAUUCUAUGAAGAGUCACAGUAUUAUGCACCGUAUAUGCAGGGUUUACUUACACUUCGCCCGACAGCUUUUAAUGCUUCUAUUUUCAGCGAAUUAUUCCUGUUACAGACGCCUCAUUUAAAGCGCUUUCGACAAAGUAGAGUAUGCUAAUGCUAAGACAUAGAAUAUUGUAAAAGACGCAAUAUUCACAUAAGCUGUAACUAUUGCCAACUGUCUUAACUUACUUAAAGCAUUUCUAGAUAGUACAUAAUUAUAUGCUCCUAAAUUAGGACAAGCUGUAUAUGACUUCGAUUUUUCGACCAACGUAUUAUUUUCAUUUCCGGAGACAUCUCUGACCAGAUAAAUGUAUUAUUGUUGAGAUGAUUGUAUCAGAUGUCUCGAUGUCUCCAAGGAGUUUGCUACUCCGAAGAUGUUUCUAUGCAAAUUUCAUAAGCAUCAGUGACGUCGAAGAAGUAAAUUCAUCAGCAAUAGACAUAUUAGAUUUAUCGAUAUAAGAAAAUGAUAAAAAUCAUAUUUAGGUCUCCGAUGAAGUCUUACUGAAUGUUUGAUUCUCUACCGUAGGGUGUUUGAUGUUGUUGUUGUUGUUUUUCCCCUCUUCUUGCCAACCAAAAAUUAUAAUAGGUUUGGUUAAGUAUCAAAUCGUGUUCAAAUAUACCUUUCAAUUUUGAGAAUAAUUUGCGAUUAAAUUAAAAGAAUUAGCAGAACUCCUGUUUCACCAUUUUAAAUAUACGCAACAUAACUAUGAAAUUUGACAAGGUCGUGAGCUCAGUCAUACUACAAUUUCUCAAUACAUGACAAACAUGUGUUCAUGAUUUUUAACUGUUUUGUUCAGUUUGGCAAAUGCUAACUCAAUAUUUUGUUAUUACUGUUUUGUAAUAUUUUUAUAGCAAUAAUGAGCAUCCAAACUUGUUUGAUUUUGUGAUUGGUUUGUGGUUAAAAAGAACAAAGCCUGUAAGUAUCGAGGACAACAACACGUAAAUUAGCUUAUUUCAAUUUUUUUCAUAGUAUACUGUUAUUACAAAAUUAGCCAUAAAUAAGAUGUGUAAUAGGUUGUACUUUUACCUUGUCAAAACUAGAGGCACUAUUUUCCUGAGUGAAUGUUGUCUUUUCGAACAUAAUAAGUUUUCAAUGGUUAAAACAAAUUAUAUCGAUUUUACCGGCAUACUGAAUAACUAGUUCAUCAGUCAUUUUAGUUGGUUCGUACAAUGUAUACUCGUUUCAUGUUAAUUUCAUAAGGGACCAAUUUUUACCAGGUUCUCAUCCGAUUUUGUGUAAAUAUUUGACCCUUAUUUGUUUUUAUUUAUUUUCAAAACGGGUGUAUAUAAUCAGUGAAUGGCCACAUUACUCAAAUCUUGCCAAUGUGAAUGUGUACAAUAUGAAAUCUGAAACAAAGCCAGUUGGUAAUUGAAAUAUAUUUAGAAUACGUAAAAUUUUAUUUUUGUAGGGUUGAAAAUGGUGAAGAUAUUGUAAAUAAUGCGAAAAUAUUGACCAGACAUUGAAUAUUUGAAGGUUUUAAGAUUUGGUAGAUUUGAACACUGUGAAAAUGGCUUUAAGAUGUGUAGAUUCAAUAAGUACGUUA